CACACACCUCAACCUUUCUUCUUGGCCUCCUUAACUAUCUCAUGGAAGGAACAUCUUUUGCGCAAACAGCACUGCUCCUCUCCUAGGCAGCCAGCCCCUACUCCGAGAGGCUUCAGGAAGCUGCAACUCCGCUGGCAUCAUGGCGCUCCCAAUCUAUGUGCCCAUCGGGUACAUCGUAUUCCUGCUCGUCUCCCUCUCCACGUUCUCUCGCAUCUAUCGACGCCGAUCAGCACAGCGAGUCGUAUGCGACGUCGGAAGCCAGCCCUGGUUCCCCGACGGCCACCCGGAGCGGGACAUCUACCAAUCGCUCGUCUCAGCGGCAGCCCAAAAUGCCGUGCCGGACGAGACCAACGGCACCCAGGGCGGCAGUAGCAGCCGAGGCCCACAGCCACCGAUGAUCCCAGACCACGUCUUGAAGGCUGCGCUGCUCAACCGUGCCAUGGCAGAUGUGCGGCGUAUCAUGCGAAUGCGAGACGACAAGCAAGCGCUGCAGCAGCUCUUGCAGAAGGGCUCGCUAGGUGAUGAGACGAUGGAGCGCUUCCAGCUCGCCGAGAAGGAGCUCGAAGCGGAAAUAUUGGAUGUCGUUUCGGAGGCAAAUACUUUUAAGGAGGGAUGGGGCCAAAUCAUCUUUCCCUCGGCCAGCGAGAUGGUCGCACAUCUCAAACACAAAGAGAUCUAUUAUGGCAUCAAGGACCAACGCGAGACGGAAAUUCGCAAGCUACAAAAGGAAGGCAAGCCUGUACCGAAACCCACGGUUGAGCUCCCUCCGCUUGUUACACCCCCAGGAACGACCAUCCAAGUGCAAGCCCCGCAGCAAGCGAAUGGUGCGCCCUCCCCAUUGCCACCUGGCGCCGUCUUAUCUGGCGCACAACCCCUACCACCGGCCGGAGCCGCAGACGCAGGUACUCCAACAGGGACUGGGCAGCAGCAGAUUAAGAUGCAGCUCCCGCCGCAGAUCGCAGCGGCGAUUCAGGCAAAUGGAGGUCAGAUCACACCGCAGAUGCUGCCCGCCAUUGCACAGGCCAAUGGUGGCCAGCUCCCGCCCCCGUUGUUGGCUAUGGUCCAGCAGGCGCAGAUGCAGGCUCAGGCGCUCGCCGCGCAGCAGCAGCAGGCAGAGGGGUCGCUGUUGCCGCCUAGUCCUGGUAGCAAGGCGGCUAAGGUCGAGGAUGCAGGGGAAGACGACUAGGGGUGGGCCAGCCGGAUCGUUGCAAAGUGCAAGAUAUGUCACAUGCCGCCGAACGAGACCACCUCGGCGCGAGAAAAAAAGUCCAUUGCGCCUUUCGAGCGCACGCACAGCCGAUGUAGCAUACUCUUAUUCUCGCUUCCCACGUUAACAUGGAUUAGAGAGACACAGAAGAGUAUCGUGAUCCAAGGUUCUGAGCCAGUUCAAGCCCACGAAGGAUAUCUACAUGCCGUUUCAUAAGUCAUCAAAGUCGUCUUGUGCUUCCUCUUCCUCGUCCGCCUCGUCGUUCUCCUCGUCCUGCAGCGCAGCGCUGCUGGCCU